AUAUAUAUCUCUACAUGUUCAUUCUCCAAAAACUACUUCUUGUCAAAACUUAGAUUUAACCAUUUUCUCAAAAACCCUAAUAACUUCAACAAAAAUAGAAGAAGGUGUGUUCUUGCUUUUGUCACAAGGCUUCUCUAAUCUCUACAACUCAUAGAUAUCGACAUAUAUAGAAACAAAGGAGAGAGAAAUUGUUUCUAUGGCUUGAAGGGCUUAUGUCAUAUAUGUUAUAAGUGGUGAAAACUCUAUCACCAUGAAGUUUUUGGCAAGCAGUGAAAUUCAUCGUACGUAGGAGGUAACAUAUUAAAAGUCAAUAAUUAACUUUGCAAGAAGGAGAAAAAAAUAUUCAAGAUGUUUCAGCACAAUAUGUUCGAUAGCCACAAUUUUUUGCUUGAUAUGACCCGUAAAACACCCGAAAAUGAGUUCGAUUUAAUUCGAGACGAUGAAUUUGAGACCAAAUCGGGUACUGAUAUCAUGGAAGGCGCGUCUGGAGACGAUCAAGAUCCUAAUAAACGUCCCAAGAAGAAGCAGUAUCAUCGACAUACACAACAUCAAAUUCAAGAAUUAGAGUCGUUUUUUAAAGAGUGUCCACAUCCUGAUGAUAAACAAAGAAAAGACUUGGGGAAAAGAUUAGGGUUAGAGCCUUUGCAAGUCAAGUUUUGGUUCCAAAACAAACGUACUCAAAUGAAGUCUCAACAUGAACGACAUGAAAACACACAAUUGAGGAAUGAGAAUGAUAAACUCCGUGCCGAAAACAUAAGGUAUAAAGAAGCACUUACCACUGCAACAUGUCCGAACUGUGGCGGGCCUGCUGCCAUAGGUGAAAUGUCAUUUGAUGAACAACACUUGAGGAUUGAAAAUGCUCGUCUAAGAGAAGAGAUUGACAGGAUAUCUGGAAUUGCAGCAAAAUAUGUUGGUAAACCAAUGCUUAACUAUCCUCAACUUCCAUCACUUGGAGGCAAUAAUAUUGGUCAUCAAUUAGGAGAAAUGUUCACAACUACUACUACUGGUGGUGAUCUUCUUAGAUCAAUUUCUGGACCAAGUGAUGCUGAUAAACCAAUUGUGAUUGAAUUAGCUGUUGCAGCUAUGGAGGAAUUAAUUCGAUUGGCUCAAACAGGAGAACCCUUAUGGAUUAAUUCUGAUAAUAAUAAUGACAACGUUUUAUUAAACGAGGAGGAAUAUGCUCGAACAUUUCCUCGAGGGAUUGGACCAAAAUCACUAGCUUUAAAAUCCGAAGCAUCAAAGGAAUCAGCUCUUGUCAUUAUCAAUUACAUUAAUUUGGUCGAAAUUUUGAUGGACGUGAACCAAUGGACAAACUUUUUCACUGGAAUUGUGUCGAAAGCAACGAUUUUGGAAGUUUUGUCUACUGGGGUUGCAGGAAACUACAAUGGAGCUUUGCAAGUGAUGACAGCGGAGUUUCAAGUCCCCUCACCACUUGUUCCAACUCGGGAAAACUAUUUUGUAAGGUAUUGUAAGCAACAUGGCGAUGGAACAUGGGCAGUGGUUGAUGUUUCAUUGGAAAAUUUGCGGUCUACUUCAGUGUCACGUUGUAGAAGAAGGCCAUCUGGUUGCGUAAUUCAAGAAUUGCCUAAUGGUUACUCCAAGGUUACGUGGAUUGAACAUGUUGAGGUGGAUGAUAGAGCUGUCAACAACAUCUAUAGACCUCUUGUUGAUUCAGGUCUAGCAUUUGGUGCAAAAAGAUGGGUUGCAACAUUAGAAAGACAAUGUGAACGACUUGCAAGUGUAAUGGCCAGUAACAUCCCAACUGGAGAUGUUAUUACAAGUCCAGAAGGUAGAAAAAGUAUGUUAAAACUUGCUGAGAGGAUGGUGAUGAGUUUUUGUGCUGGAGUUGGUGCAUCAACUGCCCAUACAUGGACAACAUUAUCUGGAAGUGGUGCUGAUGAUGUUAGAGUUAUGACUAGAAAAAGCAUUGAUGAUCCAGGCAGGCCUCCUGGUAUUGUGCUAAGUGCAGCAACUUCAUUUUGGAUGCCAGUUCCAACUAAGAGAGUCUUUGACUUUCUUAGGGAUGAAAAUUCUAGAAAUGAGUGGGAUAUUCUUUCAAAUGGUGGCCUAGUUCAAGAAAUGGCACAUAUUGCAAAUGGUCGUGAUUCUGGUAACAGUGUCUCACUACUGCGCGUUAAUAGUGGAAAUUCAAGCCAGAAUAAUAUGUUGAUACUCCAAGAGAGCUGCCUAGACACCACAGGAUCCUAUGUUAUUUACGCUCCGGUUGAUAUUGCUGCGAUGAAUGUGGUGUUAAGUGGUGGUGAUCCCGACUAUGUGGCUCUUUUGCCUUCGGGUUUUGCAAUACUCCCUGACGGCUCUAGUAAUGCUGAGAAUAGUAAUGCUGCUGGUGGAUCGUUAUUGACCGUUGCAUUUCAGAUACUAGUUGAUUCUGUCCCAACAGCAAAACUUUCUCUUGGAUCAGUUGCAACUGUUAAUAGCCUAAUCAAGUGUACUGUUGAAAGGAUCAAAGCUUCCAUAACGUGCGAAAACGCCUAGCCUAAAUCUAAGGAGGAAAAAGAAAAAGAAGGAUGAGUUUACAUAUAUUUGUAGUUGUGGAAAAAGGGAAGAAGUCAAGAACGCACCUCAAGUAACUAGGUUCGGGUAUUGACUUCAAUUAAUUAUUUUGAUGUAAACAAAUUCCUUCUUUUAUUUCUUUGAAUUCCCAUUAGUUAAAUCUAGUUUUUUCUUUUCUUUAAAAAAAAAUGUUUUGGUUUCUCUUUUACUUGUGGAGAAGGUCUUUUCUCCAACAAUUAACUUUUGUGAUAAAUUGUGAAGUAUUAUAAAUUUCUAGAUGUUAUUUAAAUUU